CUGCUGACGUAUUGGUGACAGCGCUGUGUUCGUGAGGCGCCGGCGGGAAAUAAACAUGGAGGUGGAAAUGGAGGACGCGCAGCAGAGUAGCAAGGAGCCGCAGCCCACUGGGUCGGGGAGUAAAGGCUCGGCUGGGACGUACGAGCUGCCCUGGGUUGAAAAAUACAGGCCAAUAAAGCUGAGCGAGAUUGUCGGUAAUGAAGAAACAGUUAGCCGCCUUGAGGUGUUUGCAAGAGAGGGAAAUGUUCCAAAUAUCAUCAUCGCUGGUCCUCCAGGAACUGGUAAAACAACAAGUAUUUUGUGUUUAGCCCGUGCACUUUUGGGUCCAGCACUUAAAGAUGCCGUUCUGGAGCUCAAUGCUUCAAAUGAUCGAGGGAUUGAUGUGGUGAGAAACAAAAUUAAAAUGUUCGCACAGCAGAAGGUUACGCUUCCAAAAGGUCGCCACAAGAUUAUCAUACUGGAUGAAGCUGACAGCAUGACAGAUGGAGCACAGCAAGCUUUGAGAAGAACAAUGGAAAUCUACUCCAAGACAACACGCUUUGCUCUGGCUUGCAAUGCCUCUGAUAAAAUUAUAGAGCCUAUCCAGUCUCGCUGUGCUGUUCUCCGCUACACAAAAUUGACUGACGCUCAAGUUCUUGCUAGGUUGAUGACCGUGGUGGAAAAGGAGAAUGUUCAGUGUACAGAUGAUGGCCUUGAGGCCAUUGUAUUUACUGCACAAGGAGACAUGAGACAGGCCUUAAACAACGUGCAGUCCACACACACAGGAUUUGGAGUUGUAAACAGUACAAAUGUAUUUAAGGUUUGCGAUGAACCACAUCCAUUAAUGGUGAAAGAAAUGUUGCAGCACUGCGUGAACGCCAACAUAGAUGAGGCAUACAAGAUUGUAGCUCAUCUAUGGAAACUUGGGUACUCCCCAGAAGAUAUUAUAGGCAAUAUCUUCAGAGUGUGUAAGACUUUCCAGAUGCCAGAGUAUCUCAAGCUGGAGUUUAUUAAGGAAAUUGGUUACACACACAUGAAAGUUGCAGAGGGUGUGAAUUCUCUACUACAGAUGGCUGGACUUCUUGCACGGCUAUGUCAGAAGACUGCAAUGCCCACAAGCUCAUAGUUCUGUUUUUCAGUGCUGUUGUUAUAUAGCCGUUGAUCGAUACAUAUUGCAUUUUAUAUAUACUUCAUUGCUGUAUAGUGUACAUCUCCAAAAAUAUUUUCAUAUUUCUAAUUUUUAUAUUUGGUAUGUUUUCUUUUAGAGAAUGUGUUUUUGAAAUGUUAUGGUAUUGUUCCAUUUAACAUGGACCAGUCAAACUUUUUUUUU